AUGGAUGAUGAAAACCACAAGAAUGCAUCUAAGCGUAGUACAGAUUUUGAUUGCAACAUGGUUGUUCUCAACCAUGAUGAAGUUGAGGGCUUAUCAAAGAAGGACCAUGAUGAAUUGGAGAGGCGACUAAAACUUUUAAAUAAGCCUGCAGUAAAAACUAUCAAGACUGAAUAUGGAGAUAUUUAUGACUGUAUGGAUUUUUAUCUACAACCUGCAUUUGAUCAUCCUUUACUGAAGAAUCAUACUUAUCAUCCUCAGAGAGACAAAGAAUCCGCAACAUCCAAUAGCUCCUCCAAACUCGGGCUGAGAGAUGGAGGUUGUCCAAUGGGAACAGUUCCUAUUAGAAGAUCUACCAAAGAAGAUCUCAUUAGAGAAAGAAGAUUUAAUGCUAGUUAUGCUGGUGGCAUCUUUCACUUUGCUCUAGGACAAACGCUAAAUGAUCCGGAUUUCGAAAUUUCAGGAGCUGGAACAACAAGUAGUAUUUAUAAUUCAAAGGUUCUUCCGAACCAAUGGAGUGCAUCCAUCGUGAAGGUACAAAAUGGCCGUGACCAAAUACAAGCUGGGUGGCGU